UCGUCUGCGUCUCGUCACGUCCACAUCAGUAUCCAGUGUCAGUAGUGAGUGAGCGCGCACAGUGGACAGUAUGGCCGGAGACAACGCGGGCUUCGACUCCAACUGUAUGACUCUGACACGGUUCGUGCUGGCGGAACAGCGGAAGGUUCCUCAAGCUACGGGAGACCUGACUCAGCUGUUGGUCAGCAUCCAAACAGCUGUGAAGGCAGUCAGCAGUGCCGUCAGGAAGGCUGGUAUCGCUAAACUGUUUGGAAUCGCAGGCUCCACCAAUGUUCAGGGAGAGGAGGUUAAAAAGCUGGAUGUUCUCUCCAACGAGAUGUUCAUCAACAUGUUGUCCUCAUCCUUCACAACCUGCGUCCUGGUCAGCGAAGAGAACGAACAAGCCAUCAUCGUUGAAGCAGAGAAACAGGGCAAGUACAUAGUGUGUUUCGAUCCUCUCGAUGGGUCUUCCAACAUAGACUGCCUGGUCUCAAUUGGUUCCAUUUUCAGCAUUUACAGGAGGCCAGAUGGCACGAGCCCAGUAAGUGAGAAGGACGCUCUACAGUCCGGACGUCAGCUGGUUGCCGCUGGUUAUGCACUCUACGGCUCGGCCACCAUGAUGGUGCUGGCUCUCGGCCGAGGUUCUGGCGUCAACGGCUUCAUGUUGGACCCGGCCAUUGGUGAAUUUAUUUUAACCGACCCAAACAUCCGUUUACCAUCAAAAGGUAAAAUCUACAGCAUUAAUGAAGGCUACACACAUCUCUGGGAUCCUGCCAUCAGGGAAUAUGUGGACAGAAAAAAAGAUCCAAAGUUUGGCAAACCUUACGGAGCACGUUAUGUGGGUUCCAUGGUGGCUGAUGUACACAGGACGCUUAAGUACGGAGGAAUUUUCAUGUACCCUGCUACUAAGGACUCGCCCAAGGGGAAGUUGAGGCUGCUGUACGAGGGAGUUCCGAUGGCGUACCUAGUAGAGGAGGCUGGAGGACUAGCCUCUGAUGGAAGUCGUGCAGUGUUGGAUGUUAUACCAACCUCCAUCCACCAGAGAUGUCCCAUCUUCCUUGGAUCAAGCCAAGAUGUCAAAGAAGUCUUGGACCUCAUACAAAAACAUGCCAAAUAAAAGACUGAUUUUAUGACCUUUUUCCACAAAUAAAUGUAAACUCAAGCGGGUUUUUACUAUGUGGGUUGUGCUAUUGUUACUAGAUAUGUAAUCUUAUUGAAAUUUAUUAAGAAUUUUUUUUACAUUUCAUCAGAAAAUUGUGGUUUUUUCUCCAAUAUCAUAAAAAUCAAUAUACUCUGUGUUGUAAAGUGCCAA